UAGAUCUAGAUGAUAAGAUCUAUUAUCUAUUUAUCUGUCUACUCUACAUCUACUAUAGAUGAUACCGAUAUUGAUACCAUCUGAAAUAAACCCCAUCUGAAAUCUAGAUCUAGCACCAAAUCAGCAAAAUCUUUGAUUCAAACUCAGAACAUUGUGACUGUCAUUGAGUAAAAAUUGAAUCUCUGAUCAGAGUUUGAAUUCUUGCUGAAUAACCGAAAGAAAAUCACGUUGUCGGCUAUGCGCAGUCUCUUUGGGGGCUGGAAACUCUUUCAUGAACUAAGAUAUUGCAAGCUCAGAACUGUUUGUUUCAAUCGUUUCUUUAACCCAAUCCACCUAUCUCAGAUUGCGAGCAUGAGCCUCUGUACCAGUCAGUCUAGUACACAGGCUGAAACUGUUUCAAAUGAUGCCCCACAGAAAGAUUCAGAAGUCAAAUCACAACUUUCCAAGAGAGCUUUAAAAAGGAUAGCUAGAGCCAAAAAACAUAAAGAGUAUGUAAAAAAGAAAAAAGAAAGUACAGAUGCUGUGAAUGAUGACACUAGCUUCACAGAAGAGGAUUUAAAACAGUCAUCAUAUUAUUUUGAAAAUGGACUUCGAAAAGUUUACCCAUACAAGUUUGUCUUUGCCACGUAUGCUAAAGGUCGCUGGGUUGGCAGAACCAUAUAUGAUGUCUUGUCUAAAGAAUUUGGCUUUAACCUUCCAGGAGACCUUGAAAAAGCAUUUGAAUCAGGGUCCAUUAGUGUGAAUAACAACCUGGCCACAGCUGAUUAUGUUUUAAAAACCAAUGACCUCAUAUCUCAUCAAACACACAGGCAUGAAAAUCCUGUGACGUCGGCUCCCUUAGAAAUAAUUGCGAACACUGAUGAUAUGCUGGUCAUCAACAAACCCUCCUCCAUUCCUUGUCAUCCAUGUGGACGCUACAGGUUCAAUUCAGUCAUUUUCAUUUUAGGAAAAGAAAUGGGUUUUACAAAUCUUAGAAAUAUUUAUCGUCUGGACAGACUCACUUCAGGCGUGCUGGUUUUAUGCAAGACUGUCCAAAGAACAAAAGCUUUGAUGGACCAAGUGGCCAAAAGACAAGUUCAGAAAGAAUAUGUUUGCAGAGUUGUUGGCCAUUUUCCAGAUGGCACAAUCAAGGUUGACCAGCCUCUCCAGCCUCUGUCAAACAAGCUGCGGUUGCAGGUGAUCUCCCCCAAGGGUAAAUCAAGUCAAACAACAUUCACAAGACUCAGUUACAAUGGAAAGUCUAGUGUGGUGAAAUGUGUACCACAUACAGGCCGAACUCAUCAGAUACGAGUCCAUCUACAAUACUUAGGGCAUCCAAUCAUCAACGAUGUCUUCUAUAACAAUGAUGCCUGGGGACCAAGUAAAGGGAAAAAUGGAGUAUAUGAGAUACCAUUUGAUAAAGUCUGUGAGAGGAUACUGAAAGAACACCACGUCACACAAUGGGAUGGGGGAGAUAAUCCUUACUAUGAAGAAAAGCUCAAGGAGUCACAGUCUCAGGAAUCUUUAUUGUCCAGCACGGAUACACAUAGUAAAGAUGACGACGAGCCGCCCAGUAAGCAGAGAAAGGUUGACGAGGUCUGGUCCAACAUUACUUAUCAGAACUCAGCAGGGGAGAAUCCCACUUCGGAAAAUGUGCCGACUCUGGGCAAAGAAUGCUCUUCCGAGAAACUGGACGACGAGGACGUGAACAUUUCUAGCCAUCCAUGUUUUGACUUGUCUAAACUGUCGGUAGAUCCAUCGUGUGAGUUGUGUAAGAAAAAAACAUUAGAGCCCAAAGAAAAACAUCUCAUCAUGUUCCUGCAUGCCCUCAAGUAUAAAGGUCUCGAUUGGGCCUUUGAAACAUCUUUACCAAACUGGGCUGAGGAAGACUGGUCCAAAGAAGAUGAUUACUCUAUAGAUACCUUUCAACAAUCAUAGACAUGACUUGUUUAAAUCAUUGACAAAUAGACUGAAAAGGCAAUUAAAAUUGCUUUAUUUUAAUCA